CCACUGAGCAUAUAUAUGGCGUAGGACCGAGCGUUCGGCGACAGUCGCUGGCCGGAGCCGGGGGUAGUGAGUGGUGUUUUCCUCGGUACAGUUUUCCGUGUGUGGUCUGAGCGGCGCCGCGCGGCUGCCUAUCCGUCCUGAUGCUGCUGACUACACUCCUGUCCGUCCUGCUGGUGACGGGAGGCCUGGCCGGCCGUCCCCGCCGCCAGCUGGGCACCUUCUGCCGGGAUUUCGCCGGCCGGCCGGGCACGUGCGGCGCGCCCCAGCAGUGUCCGGCGCUGCUGCGGCUGCUGGCUGCCGGAGCUCCCUCGGCAGCAGAGGUGAGCGGGAUCAGACGGAGCGUCUGCGGCCGGCUGGGCCGCCAGCUGCUCUUCUGCUGCGCCAGCGGCCCGGUGCCCCAGCCCGUCACUCCGGCUCCCCAGCCUGUCACUCCGGCUCCGCGGCCUGUUACCCCUGCGCCUCCGACCCGCCGACCAGCGCCCCCCGAGCAGCACCCCAACAGGGCCAUCCUGAAUCGCGGCUUCGAGUGCGGCACCUCGCCGGCGGGCCGGAUCGUCGGCGGCCAGGAGACCGAGGUCGGCGAGUACCCGUGGGUGGCGCUGCUCGGCUACCAGUCGCUCGACAACCGGCGCGCUCCCGUCUCGUUCGAGUGCGGCGGCACGCUCAUCAGCCUGCAGCACGUGCUCACCGCCGCGCACUGCGUCGACGAGCUGCCCAUCCGCGACGCGCGUCUGGCGCUGACGACAGUGCGCCUCGGGGAGCACAACCUGGACACCGCCACCGAGUGCCGCCAACUGAGGGACGGCUCGGAGCUGUGCAACCGACCGCAGGACUUCCGCAUCGCGCGCGUCCAGAUGCACGCGGACUACGACCGGGGCAGCAGCGCCAACGACAUCGCUCUGAUCACGCUCGACCGGCCCGUGGUGGAGGACACGUUCAUCGGCAAGAUCUGCCUGCCGUUCGGCGAGGCGGGUCGGAGGAACUACACGGGCGCGCCGCUGCGGACGGCCGGGUUCGGCCGCACGGGGCCCAGCCGGCAGUCCCCGAGCAGCCCGGUCCUGCUGGACGUCCUUCUGCCGGGCGUGGAGCAGAGCCAGUGCGCCGUCACUAUCCGGCAGAACGGCGGCACGGUCACGCCGCUGCAGAUCUGCGCCGGCGGGGUACCUGGCGAGGACUCGUGCCAGGGCGACUCGGGCGGGCCGCUGAUGGCGCCCUCUCCCAGCGGACCACCCUUCAGCCUGGUGGGCGUGGUGUCGUUCGGAGCCGUGCGCUGCGGCGAGGGCGGAGUGCCCAGCGUCAACACGAGGGUCUCCGAGUACCUCAACUGGAUCCUGGACAGACUGGACAACUGAGGUGCCCUUGACGAACGUCUACCUCAGGGAAAGGGGGAAGAGCACGGACAUAUCCUUCCUGACCGCAUUGAUUUCAAUGCGAGGUAAAACAUCGACCUGGUCUCAAUACAUAGACUCAGUUUGUAUUUACCUGCUAAUGUCAACUGUGUACUUACAUGUGUUAUUCUGCUUUUUAGCUUCUCGUAUACUCGUACAUCGUGCAACUUAUAAGCCAAGGUCAUGUAUGUAUGUGCUUCGUUGUAGGUACAGUAUAUCUGCAUGGUGCAAUCUCAAUGCGUAGUUUGCUCAUGCAGUGUCGAAGCUGUUUAGUUCCUUAGUGAUCUGAGAUGAUCUGUGACGCUUCGUAUAGUACCUAUAUGCAGGCAUUUUUCACGAAAUACAUUUGUUUAAAUGUGCAA